GGCGCGGCUAUAAGGAGCGGCGGGCCCCGGGGAGGUGCUCGACGGCGGCGGCGCGGAGCGGCGGGCGCGGCAGCUGCUGCGGGUCUGGGGACAUUGCUGGCAACAUGGGCCUGCUGCGGGCCCUUCUCUGCCUCUGGCUACUGGCCCAGGCCGCCCCGGCUUCCCGGAUCCGCACCCGCCGGGAGCUGGCCCCCGGCUUGUACGAGCACGGGGUCUACGAUGCCGGUGGGUCCUACUGCCAGCGGGGGGAUGUCUGCUGCCACGGCCGAGACGACGGCUGCACCGUGCCCUACCACGACACCCUCUGCUACUGCGACCUCUUCUGCAACCGCACCGUCUCCGACUGCUGCCCUGACUUCUGGGAAUACUGCCUGGGCAUUCCGGCCCCCUUCCCCAAAACCCCAGGUUGUGCCCGUGCUGGCCGCAGUUACCCCACCGGAGCCACGUACCGGGAGAACUGCAACCUGUGCACCUGUGGCCCCGAUGGGCGGUGGCAGUGCGAGGACCACGCUUGCCUGAUGGACGGGGAGCUGAUCGACGCUGUCAACAGGGGCAAUUAUGGCUGGAGAGCUGCCAACUACAGCCAGUUUUGGGGCAUGACACUGGAGGAUGGGAUCCGGCACCGCCUGGGCACCUUCCGACCCUCUCCCACCGUCAUGAACAUGAAUGAGAUGCACAUGAACAUGGACUCCAACGAGGUGCUGCCCCGACACUUCGAUGCAGCUGAGAAGUGGCCUGGGAUGAUCCAUGAGCCCCUGGACCAGGGCAACUGUGCUGGGUCCUGGGCCUUCUCCACAGCAGCUGUUGCCUCGGACCGCAUCUCCAUCCACUCCAUGGGGCACAUGACACCUGCCCUGUCACCCCAAAACCUCCUGUCCUGUGACACCCGCAACCAGCGGGGCUGCAGCGGGGGGCGGCUGGACGGCGCCUGGUGGUUCCUGCGCAGGCGAGGGGUGGUGACAGACGAGUGCUACCCGUUCACCAGCCGGGAGAGCCAGCCGGCAGCGCAGCCCUGCAUGAUGCACAGCCGCUCCACGGGCCGGGGCAAGCGGCAGGCGACGGCGCGUUGCCCCAACCCCCAGACCCACGGCAACGAGAUCUACCAGUCCACCCCCGCCUACCGCCUCUCCUCCAACGAGAAGGAGAUCAUGAAGGAGCUGCUGGAGAACGGCCCCGUGCAAGCCAUCCUGGAGGUGCACGAGGAUUUCUUCAUGUACAAGAGUGGGAUCUAUCGGCACACGCCGGUGGCUGAGGGGAAGGGGCCGAAGCACCAAAGACAUGGGACCCACUCAGUCAAAAUCACUGGGUGGGGAGAGGAGCAGCUGCCUGAUGGCCAGACCCAAAAGUACUGGACAGCAGCCAACUCGUGGGGCACAGCGUGGGGCGAGGGCGGCCACUUCCGCAUCGCCCGCGGCGUCAACGAGUGUGAGGUGGAGACCUUCGUGGUGGGCGUCUGGGGCCGUGUCAGCAUGGAGGACAUGCCCCACAAGUGAGGACCCCCUGCCCACGGCCCCUUCACCCUCGUGGGCCCCCCCUGAUGUCCCCAUGAUGGCCAUGCCCAGCACCACAGCCCCUCUUUCCCCCUCCUGAGGGCACCCGGGGGGUGGGAUGCUCCCGUACCACCAGGGGGGGGGGAUGGGGUUGUCCCCUGGGUCCCUGUCCCGGGGGCUGCAUGUCCCCACUGUGCUGACACAGCGGCUGGGUGCACUGAAGCGUGCCUGGGGUAUGUGGCUGGGGGUGCCCUGGGGGCUGCUCCUGCAUCCCAUGGGAUUUACCCGUUAAUCCCCCUGCCUGGGGCUUGGCUGGGCUUUGGGGGCUCCUCAAAGUUAGCUGCCCCCUCCCUACCCCCUUUCCCCCCCCACUGGCCUCUCUGCCCAUGGGCACAGAGCUUGGGGAGCCCUGCAGCAGGACCCCUGGGGCUCUGCACCCCCAUAGUGCCCCCCACCCAGCUCUCCUCACCCCAGGCACCCCUGGAAUGGGGGGGUUUAACCAAGUGGUGCCUGGGGGAGUUUCAUCUGUGCCCUCAGGACUGGAGGAACCCCAAAGCUGAGUGUUGCCAGCUGGGGAUGGGGUCCCCACCCUCCCCCCCUGCCUGUCCCCUUGGUGCUAUGGCCCCUGCCACCCCCCAGGGAACAGGGGAGGGCUCAGCCCUGCAGUGUCACCGUCCUGGUGGGGCCACAACUGGGGACCAGGCAGCAGCACAGCCCGGGUUCCCCCUGCUCCCCCCUGCUCCCCCCCCCCCCGCCUCGGGCUGUACUUUUAAGACUUUUUGUAUUUAUUUUGCUUUUUAAUAUUUGUAAAUAAACUUACUGAAGUCUCA